CUUGCUGGGUUUCGCCUUCCCGCUCUCCCAUUUGAUUCUUGAAAACCCGCCAUUUCCUUCAGUCUCCUGACAUCUCUCUCUCUCUCUCUGUGCGGUCUUUGCCUUUAGUUCUCUUCUUUCUCAGCCAACUUCCCAGGCAAGAACCAGUCGGAGCAAUGGAGCAACAGAGGAGCAACAGAGUUGCCCAGACGGACGAGCAACAGGUUGAAGAGAUUCAGCAGGGUCCCUUCCCCGUCGAGCAGCUUCAGGCAUCAGGGAUUGCAUCCAUUGACAUUAAAAAGCUGAAAGAUGCGGGUAUAUGCACUGUAGAAUCGGUUGUUUACUCACCGAGGAAGGAGCUCCUUCAAAUCAAAGGGAUAAGUGAAGCUAAGGUCGAUAAAAUCAUAGAAGCAGCUUCCAAAUUGGUGCCUUUGGGUUUUACUAGUGCCAGUCAGCUACAUGCACAGAGGCUUGAGAUAAUUCAGAUCACUUCUGGAUCAAGAGAGCUUGACAAGAUCUUGGAAGGAGGUAUUGAGACGGGCUCGAUAACAGAGAUUUAUGGAGAGUUUCGAUCUGGGAAGACUCAACUUUGCCAUACACUCUGUGUCACUUGCCAACUUCCGUUGGACCAAGGAGGUGGUGAGGGAAAAGCAUUGUAUAUUGAUGCUGAGGGCGCAUUUAGGCCACAGAGGCUUUUGCAAAUAGCGGACAGAUAUGGACUUAAUGGACCUGACGUAUUGGAGAAUGUUGCUUAUGCAAGAGCUUAUAACACCGAUCAUCAAUCACGGCUUUUGCUUGAAGCAGCCUCGAUGAUGGUGGAGACAAGGUUCGCCCUCAUGGUAGUGGACAGUGCUACAGCUCUUUACCGAACUGAUUUUAGCGGGAGGGGAGAACUUUCAGCAAGGCAGAUGCAUCUUGCCAAGUUUCUUAGAAGUCUUCAGAAAUUGGCUGAUGAGUUUGGAGUAGCUGUGGUGAUAACGAAUCAAGUAGUCGCGCAAGUGGACGGUUCGGCCCUCUUUGGUGGACCUCAGAUCAAGCCCAUUGGUGGCAAUAUUAUGGCACAUGCGUCAACGACGAGGCUUGCACUCCGGAAGGGAAGGGCAGAGGAGCGGAUUUGUAAAGUGAUCAGCUCUCCUUGUCUGCCCGAAGCCGAAGCUCGGUUCCAGAUAUCUGCAGAAGGGGUCACUGACGUCAAGGACUGAUGAUUCACCUUGCAGGGGUUUUGUCAUCGUUGCGUUAUUAUGGUGUGAACGAACUCAUUGAGGGGUGAAAUCUCUUCACUUUGUAAAUGAAAUGCUCGAUGAAUUUUGUUUUUUGUCUGGGCUGUAUAGUCCAAUCGAGCCGAUUUCUUUACUUUCCAUUUCCUCUAAUGAUCUCUCUGAAUGAUCAAUGAAAGCAUUGGAUGAAUCUAACUUUCACUUGGCCGUCUACGAACUGGCGUACUCUU